GAUGUUUAUCAGUACAAACAGUCAGUCAGUCAGUCAGUCACGGCGUGCUCGUUCAACGCGUUUACAUCGAUCACCGCUUCGCUUUAAAACCACGGAUUGUCUGAUCUCAGACCAGUGCACGAGAGAGCCCACAUCACAUCCGCGAGAGACUUCUGUUCUGUUCUGGAAGAGCAGCAGCAGCCCGUGAGAGAAAAUUAUCCCAAAUAAAUUUCGGUGUUUAAGGCCCAUGAGUGUCGCCGAACAACAAGCAGAUUGUGCAGGUGUCGGUGCGUUGCGUCCUCAACCAUCACCUGAGAGGAGGUCCGUCAAACCACGGACACCAAUCAGAAGAAGUGGGUGCAGCGUCUGUGGCUCCAUGCCAUCUUUCAACAACCCAGAACCCGGGAGAAUCCUGUUCGCAAUGACCACAGACGACAGAUGGAGCGCCGCCUGGUCUCAGAGCGUCACAUGGCACUCACGUGUCAUGCGGCCUCCACUGAGCCAGCAGUCGCUGCAGCAGAAACGGCGCGUCCAGCAGGAGGACAUUGAGAGAGAACAGAAAGAAAGCGAGGAGAGAAGACGACGUGACAAAGAUACCUGGACAUCUCUUCACACAGCUGAAGCAGAGGCUCGGAGUUUGAAGAUGUCCAUUCGAGAGGAUGACACAGUCAUCUGGCGACUGGAUGAGCAGAUACGAGAGCUGAGAAUUGAAAUCAAGAAUCACCAGGAAACAUCGAAGAUGUUCGACAAUUAUGAAUCGGAUCUUCUGAAACUCGUCCCACGUAAACUGAGGAAAAGCAUCAAGUGCAACCUAGAGGACACCCAGAUUGGACACCAAGACAACAUGGUGCCGCUGAAAAUGAUAAAAGAGCAGUUAGGCUCAAUAGCUGAGCGCCAGACAAACAUCUCGAAGGACAUCAAGAGCAAGAUAGAGAAACUGGAAAGAGUGAAUCGGGAGAGGAACGUAAUGUUCUACAAGAGAAGAGACCACAUCAGUUUGCUGAAGAACAUCAAUUUGAAAAUCCGAGAUUCUGAGGAGGCUCUCAAAAAGAGUCAAAUGGAGCUGGUCAGACGCUUCAGAAAGUUCGUGAACGACGGUUAAUCCUAACCCACACGCAAGAACUGCAGACCUGAAGACAGCACAAGACGUCUGGACACCAAUACCCUACUAACAAGCUAGCAUACCGUGUUGCUAAAGUAUGCUAGCAUGUUACUAGGGUAUUUCUGUUGGUAAUUAGGUGUUGCUAGGGUGUUGUAGCUGGUUACUACGGCAUUUAUCUUGUUGCUAUGUGUUGUUAAGGUUCUUUAACUCUUUACUGUGUGUCGCUAAGGUGUUCUAGCUUCUUCCUAAGGUAUUUUGGCUGGUAAUUAGGUGUUGCUAGGGUGUUGUAGCUGGUUACUACGGCAUUUAUCUUGUUGCUAUGUGUUGUUAAGGUUCUUUAACUCUUUACUGUGUGUCGCUAAGGUGUUCUAGCUUCUUCCUAAGGUAUUUUGGCUGGUAAUUAGGUGUUGCUAGGGUGUUGUAGCUGGUUACUACGGCAUUUAUCUUGUUGCUAUGUGUUGUUAAGGUUCUUUAACUCUUUACUGUGUGUCGCUAAGGUGUUCUAGCUUCUUCCUAAGGUAUUUUGGCUGGUAAUUAGGUGUUGCUAGGGUGUUGUAGCUGGUUACUACGGCAUUUAUCUUGUUGCUAUGUGUUGUUAAGGUUCUUUAACUCUUUACUGUGUGUCGCUAAGGUGUUCUAGCUUCUUCCUAAGGUAUUUUGGCUGGUAAUUAGGUGUUGCUAGGGUGUUGUAGCUGGUUACUACGGCAUUUAUCUUGUUGCUAUGUGUUGUUAAGGUUCUUUAACUCUUUACUGUGUGUCGCUAAGGUGUUCUAGCUUCUUCCUAAGGUAUUUUGGCUGGUAAUUAGGUGUUGCUAGGGUGUUGUAGCUGGUUACUACGGCAUUUAUCUUGUUGCUAUGUGUUGUUAAGGUUCUUUAACUCUUUACUGUGUGUCGCUAAGGUGUUCUAGCUUCUUCCUAAGGUAUUUUGGCUGGUAAUUAGGUGUUGCUAGGGUGUUGUAGCUGGUUACUACGGCAUUUAUCUUGUUGCUAUGUGUUGUUAAGGUUCUUUAACUCUUUACUGUGUGUCGCUAAGGUGUUCUAGCUUCUUCCUAAGGUAUUUUGGCUGGUAAUUAGGUGUUGCUAGGGUGUUGUAGCUGGUUACUACGGCAUUUAUCUUGUUGCUAUGUGUUGUUAAGGUUCUUUAACUCUUUACUGUGUGUCGCUAAGGUGUUCUAGCUUCUUCCUAAGGUAUUUUGGCUGGUAAUUAGGGUUUGCUAGGGCGUUGUAGCUGCUUACUAACAGGGCUCCAGACAAAAAAUCAGUUAAGGAGCCAUUGGCUCCCAUAGGGAAAAAAAGCAGUUGCCAAAUUAUUUUUUUAAGAGCCAUAUAACAUGAACUUACAUUUUUAAUGACAUACUUUUAGUUAUACUGUUGUGUGUAAAUCUUCCCUCUCAUAGGUUUUGCUCGCAUAACGUUUUCUUUCAAGUUAUUUUCCCUCAUAAAAUUUGGGAAACAUCUGCAGAAUUCCACAGAAUAGUUUUAAAUGUGUUUACAUUUGUACACAAAUAUAAAUGUGUGUUUAAAUAGUCUUAAAGAAAAGAGGCUAUAUAUUUUAUUUUAUUAUUAUGAAAGGGCUUGUUACGUUAUUACGUAUGUUGAUUUUAGUUUGUAAUAAUGACACUUUUCCGCAUGUUCACAACACAACGUAAAGAUAACUUCAGAUAAAACUUAUCAAGAGAAUUCGCCUGUCGUUCAUUGUCGCUGUGAACGGAUUUGAAGUGAUACAGCGGUGUUAUAUAACAAAUACGUUCCCUGAACUUCUCUGCUAUUAGUUUCAUUUUAAACGUCUCAAAUAACACAUUGUUCAUCCUCAGGCUCAUUAAAAUCCGUCACAGCAAACAGCGCAUACUACUAACACGCUCACAAUGUGUGUGUCUCGCGCAGCUCUUGCUACUAGGGGACCUCGAACCGGGCGUCGGUCCGGCAUGCGAGUCGGUCGCGUCUGCCGCUAGAGCACCUCUUGAGGUCUGGAAGUGCACCUUCCCUGAGACCUGCACAGCUCUCUCUCUCGCUAGCCUGGCGGUUUUUAAAAAGUGUGGCGCUUCCGUUGGAAACACUUUAAAUAACAUGUAAAUUUGCACGGUCGCCAGUGGUGAUCUCCGCAAAAAUAUCACUCACAAAUUCAUAUUUUUGGUCGACCAUUUUAGGCGCAGUCUGGAGCCCUGACUAGGCUAUUUAAUCUGGUUGCUGUGUUGUUAAGGUUCUUUAACUGUUAACUGUGUGUUGCUAAGGUAUGCUAGCUUGUUACUUGGGCAAUUAAUCUGAUUGCUAUUACACUGAAAAAAAAAGAUUCUUGAGGGUUAGUAAAUAUUACCCAUGCAAAUCAGUUAAAUUUUACGUACAUAUAUUAGGUAGCAAAGUAAACUAUAUGCAAACUUACUGAAUCUACUCAAUAAAAUUGAGGCAACAAUUUCCACUCAAUUAGAUUGAGUAGAUUUUAUUCUAUGUGUUUAAGUAAAGAAUACCUAAAUUUAUCAGAUAUGAGUCAUGACACACGGAAAGAAAUGAGAUAAAGUCUACCUAAUAUUUCUCAAUAUUAAUUACUUAUAUAAAUUGAGUAAUAUCAGUUUAUAUAACCGACAACAGUUCAUCUACAUAUUAUGAAUGAUAAAUAUUGAAUGAUUAAACACUAAAUAUGACUUAUUCAGAGAAGCUUGAAUUGACCUCAAAAUGGUCAGAAACAGAUCAUCACAUCAAUUGCUUUUAUUGACCAAAUAACAAACGUCUAAAAAAACCCUUUUUGACAAUGAACACAAGAUUAAUUUGAUGUCACCAUUAUUGUGAUCAGUGUUCACUUUAGUUGACUUCUUGACUCUUGCACUUCACGAAGUUACUUCUCUUUUACCAAUCACAGCUCUUGUUCAUGCACAACACUUCUGUGUUAAUAACAAAAGAGUUUGCUGCAUUAGUAUAAUAUGUUACAUAAUAAAAGUGAAUGCAAAGUGAGUCAAGAGGUCAACUAAAGUGAACUAGAAGUAUGCACUUGUUCAGAACAGCUUCAGGACUUCUUGUUGGCAUGUACUGGAUCAACACUGCCUCUGGGUCUAUACCAACCAUUAUUAUGGUUAUAGACUCAACUCAACUUUAUUUAUAUAGCGCUUUUACAAUUUUCAUUGUUACAAAGCAGCUGCACAUGAGACACAUUGACUACAAGCAAAACAAUCAAAGUUGUACCUGCAAAAACAAGAAAAGGUUGAAAACACAGAAGACAGACACACCCACACACAAAACACUCCACACACACAACACGCACACGCACCAACACACACAGACACACAGACACACACACACACACACACACACGUACGUACACAGACAAGUACGCACACACACACACGCUCAGUGAGAGCACACAUUUAGGAUAAAGGAGAGAGAAGCACAGGUCAAAUAUAACAGAUAAUAAAUUCCUAUAUGCAAUAUUAAUUAAGUAAAACUUUAAGAUUCUAAAGCAGCCCCCCCGGUCAGGCAGAUAGUGCAAAAACAGUAUGCAAACGGUGGCGAGGAACCCAAAACUCUAAUCGAGAAAAAAAACCUCAGGAGAACCCAGGCCCAACCAGGGGAUUCCAGUUCCCCUCUGGCAAAAGCUGCUGCCUCUGCACAAGCUCCAGAGAACUUGCACAACAAGGCUAAAUAAAAUAAAUAAACUUAAUAAUAAAAUAAAUUAUAGUUUAAGAUUAUCAUUAAUAAUCUAAUAGCAUUUGAAAUUUUGUGGUGAAGACAUGUCAAGAGACCGCGUCCUUCUUUAUCCAGCUCUAUCAUCUCAGCUCUUGUCAGGUCCCCACUUCCCAUUCUCCGCUCUACCAUCAGGUCAGGCCAUGAACUGCAUCCUGCUCGCUGUGGUAACCUUGGAACAAUGAGACAAGACUGGCUGAGAGUAGAGUACUGUUCUGUACUCUUUGAUGCAACAAGUACAUCAGUUGUGUUUUUGGUUCCGGUUGAUCUAACUAAUGCAGCCUAAACCCUCUGAAGAUUUAUAUUAUGGAAGAGUAGUGUAUGCAAGAUUAAAAAGAUGCGUCUUUAGUCUAGAUUUAAACUGACAGAGUGUGUCUGCCUCCCGGACAGUGCAGGGAAGACUAUUCCAAAGUUUAGGCGCUAGAUAGGAAAAGGAUCUACCACCUGCACUUGAUUUUGAAAUUCUAGGUAUUACCAACUGACAGGACGCCUGAGAGCGUAAUGCACGUGAAGGACUGUAAUACAAAAGGAGUUCAUUCAAGUACUGAGGAGCUAAACCAUGUAAGGCUUUAUAGGUAAUAAGCAAGAUUUUAAAGUUAACGCGAUGCUUUAUAGGUAACCAGUGCAAGGUUGACAGAACCGGGCUAAUAUGUUCAUACUUUUUUGUACGUGUAAGAACUCGAGCUGCCGCGUUUUGGACCAAUUGGAGUUUUUGUAAUAAGCCUGCAGGGCAACCACCUAACAGUGCAUUACAGUAAUCUAGUCUUGAUGUCAUGAAUGCAUGAAUUAACUUCUCUGCAUCUGAGAUUGACAGCAUAUGACGUAGUUUAGAUAUAUUCUUAAGAUGGAAAAACGCAAUUUUACAGGUGUUGGCGACGUGGCUCUCAAAUGACAGAUUACUAUCGAAUAGAACGCCAAGAUUCUUUGCUGACGACGAGGGUUUUAUGGAACAUCCGUCAAUAGUUAAACAGUAUUCUUGGUUGUUACUUAUAGCAGUUUUCGGUCCAAUAAGUAACACUUCCGUUUUGUCCGAGUUCAGUAAUAAAAAGUUGUUACUCAUCCAGUUUUUUAUAUCGACUAUGCAUUCCAUUAUUCGAUGGAACUGCUGUGUUUCAUGAGGCUUCGAGGAAAUAUAAAGUUGAGUAUCAUCAGCAUAACAGUGAAAGCUAACUCCGUGUCGCUUUAUUAUAUCUCCUAGAGGUAGCAUGUAUAAUGCGAAGAGCAGAGGCCCUAAGACUGAGCCCUGUGGUACACCGUACUGGACUUGCGAUUUGCGUGACACCUCAUUGUUUAUUGCUACAAAUUGAAAACGGUCGGAUAAAUAAGAUUUAAACCAUUUCAAAGCUAUUCCCUUAAUGCCGACAUAAUUUUCGAGUCUAUGUAGGAGUGUGCUGUGGUCAAUGGUAUCGAAUGCAGCACUAAGGUCUAGCAGCACCAAUAACGAGAUACAACCUCGGUCAGACGCCAAUAGCAGAUCAUUUGUAACUCUGAUCAAAGCAGUCUCUGUACUGUGACAUGCUCUAAAUCCAGACUGGAAUUCUUCAUUGAUGUCAUUCCUUUGGAGGAAGGAGCAUAAUUGAGUUGAAACUACUUUUUCCAGAACUUUAGAUAUGAAAGGUAGAUUCGAUAUAGGCCUGUAGUUCCUUAGUUCUCUAGGGUCGAGUUGGGGUUUUUUGACAAGGGGCCUUAUAACAGCCACCUUAUAUGCUUUAGGCACAUGUCCUAAUGUCAGAGAUGAGUUAAUAAUACCAAGAAGAGGAUCUAUAAUUUCUGGGAGCAUCUCUUUCAGUAGAUUUGUAGGUAUAGGGUCUAGUAUGCAUGUUGUUGAUUUAGAUGAUCUAAUAAUUUUAGACAGCUCAUCUUGAUCUACGGUAUAAAAUAAUUGCAUUUUCUCCUUAAGGGCGCUGUAGUUAGUUUGUUCAGCGGGUUUCACUUCUGAUUGCAUUGUUAUAAUUUUUUCUCUAAUAUCUUGGAUUUUAUAUGUGAAGUAGUUCAUAAAUUCAUCACUGCUAUGCUGAUAUACAGGAUCAGAAGUCACUGACGAUUUAUUUUUUGUUAAUUUAGCCACCGUGUUAAAUAAAAACCUAGGAUUGUGCUGGUUUUCUUCUAUUAGUGAUGAAAAGUAGGCGGAUCUAGAAGUUAUUAGGGCUUUCCUGUAUUUUCGAAUACUAUCCUUCCAUGCUGUACGAAAUACCUCUAAUUUAGUUUUCUUAAAGUUGCGCUCCAUUUUUCGGGCCGCUUUCUUUAGAGCCUGAGUGUGUUCAUUAUACCACGGUGUGGGGCUGCCAUUUUUAAUCUUCUUUAAACGUAGUGGAGCAACUUUGUCUAGCGUUACCGAGAAGGUGGAAUUAAAAUUUUCAGUGGUAAUGUCAAGAUCUUCAACGUUAUUUCUCAUGAUUUGAGACAAUUCGGGCAGAUUAUCGAGAAACGCAUCUUUGGUAGUUGAAGUUAUUGUUCUACCAUAUUUGUAACAAUGAGUUUUAUUUGCAGCCGUAGGCCAGUGAAGCAAACAUAAUACCAGAUAAUGAUCCGAAAUGUCUUCACUCUGCUGAAGGAUUUUAACGUCGUCCACAUUUAUACCGUAAGACAGUAUUAAAUCUAAAGUAUGAUUACGAAGGUGAGUGGGUCCUGACACAUGUUGACUAAUGCCCAUGGAGUUAAGAGUGUCUUUGAAAGCCAUUCCUAAGGCAUCUGUAACGUUAUCUACGUGGAUGUUAAAGUCACCAACGACAAGGAGUCUAUCUGCGGCCAGUACUAGUUCUGAUAAGAACCCACCAAAUUCUUUAAUAAAAUCUGUGUGGUGCCCUGGAGGCCUAUAUACAAUAGCUAGAAUCAAUUUAAAAAGAGUUUUAUCUUUAGUAUUAGGUGUUGAAACAUGAAGAACCAUGACUUCAAAAGAAUUAUAUUUAGAGUUCGACUUCUGGGAAAUGCUAAGAGAGUUAUUGUAAAGUGCUGCGACACCUCCCCCUCUGCCUUUUAGACGAGGCUCGUGUUUAUAAUAAUAAUCUUGGGGGACAGAUUCAUUUAAAGCAAUAUAAUCAUCUGGUUUUAGCCAUGUUUCUGUCAAACAGAGCAUGUCUAUUUUAUGAUCUGUUAUCAUAUCGUUAACAAAAAGUGCUUUAUUACAGAGAGAUCUAAUAUUUAGCAAUCCGAGUCGUAACAGUUGAUUAUCUGUAUUUUGUUCAUGUUUAGUUUGUUUAACGUUUAUUAAAUUACUUUCAAGAGAUUUACGCAUUAUUUUAUGACAAUAGACAAUAACAACAAUCACAGGCUUUUACGUUCAAUGCUAUGAUAUGCUAGCUUCUCACUGGGUAUUUUGGCUAGUAAUUAGGUGUUGCUAGGGUGUUGCAGCUCGUUACUAGGGCAUUCAAUCUGGUUGCCAUGUGAUGUUAGGUUUUUAGGUACCUGUAGAUGAGUGAUCAGUUUUAAUGUAAUGGCAGAUUACUGUUGUGUUGGGUAAGUUACUCUGAAAAAGUAAUGAAUUACUAGUUACUCAUUACAUAUUCAAUAGUGUAAUUAGAUUGCUGCACAAAUGACUCUCAAAAAGUAUUUAAUGACUUAUGAUUCAAGGUUAGACAUGAAACAGCUCUUUUAAUUCGUUCAAAUAAAUCAUAUAAACUACAUGAAGUAGUAUUAUUAACUGACCAAAGUAUAGAAAUGUGAGAAUUAUACAUUAAAGCACGGAUUUUAAAGUUCGACUUUGAAUUUUGAUGUCAAUGCCACUAUUGCGCACACAUAUAUUACACACAGUAUUUAGUUUAAUUACUGAAGUAACUGAAAUUAAAUUACUGAAAAAUGAGAGUAAUCCCUUACUUUACUUUUUCAGGUGGAAAGUAAUUAAAUUACAAUAAUUAAUUACUUAUUGCUAGUUACACCCAACACUGUUCAGGUAAUAUCAGGCAUCAUUGCUGUAUUAACCACCAUUUGAAACAAAUGUACAGUAUAAUGUGUUUAACAGUGCUAUACAGUAUGAAUAAAGUGGACAUUGACAUUAAUGUAAUGUAAGUCACUUUGGAUAAAAGUGUCUGCCAAAUGCACAAAUGUGAAUGUACAGCAAAACAGCUGACAUACUAACAGAUUCAUAUUGACUGAUGUGAAAAAUAAUGCUUAUGUCCUUUCAAAAGUGUCCAAAUGUAUGCGUCUUUAAUAAAAAAACAAUAUCUAUGAAAACGCCAACUCGA